GAUUCUUGGAGUUAUUGAGUAGAUAUUUAUCAGUUUUUUUAACACCUUUUCGACACAAUUCUGUUUAGAGUGUGAACGACAUUUGAUCAAAUGUAGAUAAUAGUACAUAAAUUAUGGAGAGUUCUACUGCUUUUUCACUUUGCGUCAUUCUACAUGAUACAGUAAAAGAGUUCAAAAUACUAGCAAAUGUUGUUGACAUUAUGAGGAAAAAGAAACAGAGAAUCAAUUUGAAUUAUUCAGAAGCUGAAGAAUUUGUUCUUAAACAAAUGAAUAAAAUACUGGAAAAAUACUCAUUUAAAUACAGUACUUUGAAGUUAAUUAUCGAAAUUUAGGUGCCAGUUUUCAAGAUAUGCAUAUGGAGGUGCUCAAGGAACUACAGAAGAGUUCCAAAAUUACAGAGUAUCCAUCGACUGCGACAGUCGUUGAAGACUCAUUCUUUUCCACAAAAUACAUGGAAAAACUAAUAAAGGAAAUAUUUUGUUUAAUUGAUGUUCUUGAAAAAUUGGCAGAAGAAAUUCAAAGUACGGGGUCAUGUGAUUCAUUGCAACAAUCGGUUGACAAAGAAGAAUCAGAAUUCAAAGAGAUAGAACAUAUCCUGGAAAGAGAACGUCAAGCUCGUGAGAAAAUCAAAGAAUUGAAACAUAAGAUUCAAGAAAAGAAUGAAGAAGGUAUAAAAAUUAUUGAACAAGGCAAAGAAACUAUAGCAUAUUUAAAGGAUCAAGUCCAAGAAAUGAAAGCUAAAAUAAUUAUGGAAGAAAAAUAUAUAACACGUUAUUCUGCAGUAAAAUUAGAAGAAUUCCAAAGUCAAUGUGAUCAAAAAGAAAAUGAAAUCAAACAUCAAAUAGAUUUCGUUCAAUCAAAUCGUAACACAGAAGAACGAGUUCAUGCAGAGAUUACAUCUUACUUAAAUGAUCGUAUAUCAUACUUAAAAAAGCAUGAAGAAUUCUGGAAAGAGAAGUCUGAUAAAGAUAUUACUCAGUUCAAACAAGAGUUAAAUGAGCUCAAAGACAAAAAAGAAAAGAACUUAAGUAAACUUAGUGAAUUAUCUUUAUUGUAUAAAGAAUAUGAAGCUGUAGUUCUGUCUGAUCGAAUUGAAAAAGAGAAAGCUCGUCAAAGAGAAGAACAAGAAGAGUUAGAAUUAUUCGCAGCUUGUAAAAUUCAAAAUUGGUGGCGUACUGUUUGCGUUCAACAUAAUCUUGGUCCUUAUGGGAAAAAGAAGAGAAAAGGAACGAAGACAAAAAAAGGGAAAGGAAAAAAGAAGUAGGACUAUAUUUUUUGGGAUCAAACGGAUUCAUAAAAUUUGUAAUUGGUGUGAACAUGGUUGUUUCAACAGCUACAAUAAUAUAGUAAUAAAAGAUGUGACUAUGAAACAAUGUAAAUUGAUUCUAAAAAUUCGAACGUUAAUUUUACUCUAUUUAAUACUUUAUGUAGGAAAUAAUAAUGUAUUUAAACAAAUGUCUAACAUCUUUGUUUACAGUUUAAUUUAAAAUUCUUAGUAUUGGGUCAAGUAAUACAAUAAACAGUGUUAACCCUAUGGGAAUCAUAUACAUGGUCAUACUUAUGUAAAAUAAUUU